GCAGGCAGCGCGGCAGGAAGGAAACAGCUUGCACCGGGGGAAGGAGGCGUCAGCGGCUCCCCAAAGGGCUCGACGGUGAGGCCAUCCUGCAAGGAACUCGCCAGAGCCAGGUUACUCAGGUCUGAAAAAUAUGCCCUGGGCAACACCCAUGGCGUGAGCCGUCCGGGGCGGAGCGGGUGGCCAGGGAUGCCGCCCCGCUGUGCUGGCCCUGGCAGGGCAGGACACCAUUGGAGGGGGAACGCUGUCCUGCUGGGACUCCCUCAGCAGCUGUGCGAGCGUGGUUUGUGCCCUGGUGUGAUCAGGCACAAGAUGCUGAUGGGAGCAAAGUUGUGGUGAUGUGCCUGGAGGGACGAUGGCUUAGUUGGAUGGAGCAGUAAGAGCGCCUGCCCAAGGAUGGAGCUGGGGAACUCCUGACAUCGGUGCGAUGCCAGCCCAAAGGCUGCCUGGCCAGGCGUUUCACUGCUUCAGAAAGCGCCUGGGUGAGGACAGAAUUUCUGCUGCCACCUGCAAGGAAGGACAACAUCUGUGUCCCCAGGGCCACAGCCAGAGUGUCCCGCCGAGAUGGCGAGUGCCCGUGGGGCAGAGCCUGAUGCUGAGGACACAGCCGAGCCCGAAGAAGCCAUCUAUGAGGAGGUGAUGCCCUGCGAGAGGAUGGAGCUGAGCCAGCGGCUGGCCGUGGAGGAGCUCAUCACCACUGAGGCCAGCUAUGUCCACAACAUCCAGCUCUGUGUGUCAGACAUCCGGGCACACCUCCAGAAGAAACAGCUGCCUGAUCUUGACCUGGAAGGACUCUUUUCUAACACUGAUGACAUCCUCCACGUCUCCAGAAGGUUUCUGAAGGGGCUCGAGGCCACAGCCACCCAGGAGCACGACCAGCUGCUCUGCAUCAGUGCCUUGUUCCAGGAGUUCAAGGAGGAGAUGGAGACCGUCUACAAGAUCUACUGUGCCAGCUAUGAGCGUGCUCUCCUGCUGGUGGAGAGCUACCGCAAGGACCCCAGGCUGCAGGAGGAGAUCUUGGAGACCCUGAAUGUAACAGUGCCUCACACAGGCGCAUCAGACCUCAGCUUCUUCCUGGUGAUGCCGGUGCAGAGGGUCACCAAAUACCCGCUGCUGCUGGGGAAGAUCCUGGAGAACACCCCCACCAGCGCUAGCGCCUACCCAGCCCUGCAGGCAGCCGUCCGCACCAUGGCCCAGGUCAAUGCCAACAUCAACGAGUACAAACGGCGCAGGGAAGUAGCAACCAAAUACAACAAAGCCGAGCACCUGACGCUGCGGGACCGCUUCGCACGCCUCAACACGCACUCCAUCGCCAAGAAGACCACGCGGCUGAGCCGGCUCUUCAUGCACGAGGCCGGCAUCGUGGCCAAGAUGGAGGACAGGGAGUACGAUGACCUGGAGGAGAAGUUCCAGUGCGUGGUGUCCAGUGUGGCUGUGCUGAAGGAGAACGUGGCAUCCUACCUGGGCCAUUUAGAGGCAUUCCUGUUGCCCACCCCACACAAGCGUGAGCUGCAGAUCAACGAGGGACCUGUCCAGCAGUACCGCCGCUUUGCAGAAUACCUCCAUUGUACUGUUUUCCCAGAGUUUAAGCGACGGCUGGACAGGCUGGUCUGCCAGCCCCUCUGCAGCCUCUCAGACAUGCUGGUGGGGCCACAACAGCUGGUCAAGAAGCGCCUGGACAAGUUGCUGGACUAUGAGGAGAUCCAGGAGCGGAAGAGUGAGAUGGGCACCGUGACGUAUGAUGAGGAGGCAGCCAUGAACACCUACCUUGCCAUCAAUGCCCUGCUUGUGGCCGAGCUCCCGCGGUUCAACCAGGCAGCUCUGCAGCUCCUGGGGCAGAUACUGUGCUCCCUCAGCACGCUGCAACGGGACUUGGCUGCCCAGAUCCUGCACCAGGCAGAAAAGGAGCUAGCACAGAUGCCCCAUGGCCACAUGCCUCUGCCCAGUUUCUGGAAGAUGGUGGAAGACACCUUGCAGCAGUCUGGUGCUCAGCUCCGUACCUUCUGCCAGACGUUUGAGACAGUCACGCCAAGCCCUGUCACACAGCCUCUGAACCCUGCUGAGGAGCGGAAGGUCCUUUCCCUCGUGAGCAAGCAUGGCCCAGACAAACUUUACCAAGUGACAAGCAACAUCAGUGGCAGCAAAGACUUGGACCUGACCUUGCAAAGGGGACAGAUUGUAGCUCUGCUGCAAAGUGUGGAUACUAAGGGGAACACGAGCAGAUGGCUGGUGGAUGCUGGAGGUCCCCGAGGGUUUGUGCCUGCUGGAAAACUCCAGCCCUAUUGCCCAGUAGAAAGCCAGCAGCCCAGGAUGCAGAUGCCAGCCCUGGAGAGCAGCACAGACAGAAGGCGACAUUCGUAUGCAUCACCUGAAGCUCCCAGGCCCCAGGUGGCCACCUUCACCCCAGCUUUCCAGGUGGUUGCCGGCUUCUCCUUUGCAGCCAGGAGUCCGCAGGAGGUGAGCCUCCAGGCGGGGCAGCCCGUGGUGGUGCUGGAGCCGCACGACAAGAAGGGGAGCAAGGAGUGGAGCCUGGUGGAGGUGAACAGCCAGAGGGGCUACGUACCCUCCAGCUACCUGGUGACUGUCCCUGUGCAGGAGCCCGUGGGCUGGAGCUUGCCUGUGUGAGCGCAGCCAGCCUGGCACCCAGGGGCACAGGCUUCAUCGGAUGAGAGCUGUCCUCUUGGCACCCGAGGACUCAUCACGGGAGAUGCUGGAGGGGGGCGGCUGUGGUGGCCCCGGGCCGGGUAGGCAGUGGGAAGCACCUGGCAGAAUAUGGCCCGAGGGAUGUGGGUGCGAGGGAUGGCAGUCGGGAGGCACGUUUUAAUGGGUAGGUGUGAGGGUGCCUGUCCCAUACAUGUUAGCACAAAGGAAAGGAGCAUGAGGGAGUGAGGGCUGUUUUCCAGGGGUUUGCUGAAAUCCAUGACAAUGACGAGGCAGAGUUGUCCCCAAUUGGAUCAGGACCAAGCUGCAAAGGGUGCAGUGCUGCAGAGUGGGUCUUCAGCCUGGCACAGAGCAUCUGGGGCUCUUGGGAAGAGACUCUCAGGGGAAUCGCUGGUUUGAGUGCAGAGACCGCAGUGGAGCAGCCCCGGAGACAUGGCUUCCCACUCCUUGCGCCUGCCUGGUGCCCACCCUGAGGUGCCAUUGUGGUCCCUUCGGCAGCACAGCCUUCACAUCCUGCUGAAGGGUACGGCAACGCCAGCCUGUGCUCGGCUGCGCCGUCAGCGAUGGGAGGGUGCCGGGCUAAGCGCCGUGGCCGGGGUUCUCCCCAGCCCUCCUGGCCACCGAGCACCGCUCCUGGCCUCAGUUUCCCCCCACAGCGCAGUGGGGCUGAUGCUACUGACCCCUUUGAGAGGCACUUUGAGCUCUGGUGACGAGAAGCGCUCUGUACGCCACCCGUGCUAUGUCGUGUGACGCAUACGCUGACGUUAUAAUACAUUAUGCGGUCUCUGUGCCCCACCCGCGCCGAUGGGCUCGCCCCCCACGCGCGGGGCCGUGCCGUGGGGCUGUGCAGCGCCCGUGGCAGCGCGGCCGCGAGAUGGCAGAGCCGCCCCGCACGCCGCUCCGCCGCCGCCUCCCAGCGCGCCUCGGCGGGGGCACUGGGAGCGCUGGUUUUGGGGCGCUGGCGGGCCGCGGAGGGGGUUCGCUGCUGCGGUGGAGUGUGCGUGUCCUUGGUGGGCGUGGGGACAGCCCGAGGCGGCAGCGCUGGCGGGGGCGGCGGCUGAAGGCGAGCUGUGCGUCCCAGCCGGUGCUGCGCGGGGCUGGGGACAGAGAGCACAGCUCCUGGGGCUCGCGGGACACCCGGUCGCCCUUGCCGAUCCACGCAGCUCUCCAGCGGUUUGACAGAUGCGUGCUCUUUAGAAGCACAGGCCCCGUGGAAGAGGUUUUUGGGAGAACCAACCCCAACCUGUGUCGGUCAGACCCUGACCUAAAACUCGGCUAGGGAUGGAGGCAGCACUCCCUUCCACCACUGCCUGAGGUGUCACAGCUCUGUGCCUCAGUUUCCCCAUGGUUCGCUCUGAUGCUGUGCUGUUAUGUGACUGAUGGGGCUCAGGGCAGGGAGCCGUGCCCACAGCAGCGCAGACAUGGGGUCAGAGGGGAAUUCAGGAGCUCCUGGCUGCAGCCCUCAGGGACUGGCCCUGCGCCCCCUCCCCAGGAGAGCUCAGCCCACAGUGCCACGCUGCCCAGCCCUCACCCACAGCCGGCAGUGGAGCAUGGAGGCUCCCACCAGUGCAGCAGCCUGGCGUCGUCCCGGCUGCCCUGGGAUUUCCACAUCAAAGGUGCGAUGGCCCGGCUGGCGAGCGCUGGCACGCCAGCUCCUAUGCCCUACCCAGCAGGGAGGCAGCAUGCUCGGCCGCCCAUGGGCUCCCCGCAGGACGCGCUUUGGCAGCAUGGAGGCUGGGCGCAGGUUCCCGUGAUGCCGCCCUGCGGCCGUGGCUGCGGGCUGGGCAGGGGGGCAGAGGUGGCAUGUCCUCACCCAAGCUUGCACCAUGUAGGGGGGACAGGCAGGUGGGGACAGGCCCCAGACGCUGCUCUGCUUUCGCUGUGCACCCCACGUGUGGGUCCAGGCACCAAGACUGGGGCAUAGCUGCCUGUGGGGCUCACCCUCCUUUGUACCUGCAGGGUCCUAGGGCUUCAUUUGCAGGGAGGCUGGGGGCUUGCUACCUCCACCAAGGUGCCAUUGAAAGCCCCAAGCGAACGCUCACCUAUACGAAACCUGGGAGGGGGUGGCAGCACUGGAGCUGGGGACAUUGCCUGGGGAUGCUCGCAGUCUGGGGAAAAGCCAAUGGGCUCCUCAGGACGGGAAGCGGGCAGGCUUGGGGGGACGAGGGCCACUGUGCAGAGGCUGUGUUUCUGGGGCUCACCCACCCAGCCUGGCCCUGCAGCAGCAGGGCUCACACCUCCAGCUCCCUGCUAAUGGGUCCUCCAGAUUUUUCCUAAUCAAAUCACAUCAGGUUGGAUUUCCCUCCCAAGUCACCUUCCUGCCAGCUCGGCGGGGCGCAGAUGCAAUCAGCCCCGCGCCAGCACAGGCAAUGGCAGGAGUCAGCAUCUCAGGCGGGUCCCACUCCGCAGCCUGCAGGUGCCCGGAACUCUUCGGAGGGUGAAAGGUGACAGCAGGACAAGGAGCACCAAGAAACUGCUGCUGCCUGUGCUCUGAUCUGCCCGCUGGAAGGAGACCUGGGGCGGGCAGGACUUGAUAGGCAGCUUAUAAAACCGGUUGGACUUUCUCCAUCCCACUCAUCAGGACUCUGGAUUUCAUGUGCUCUGAAGCAACAGCUCCCCUUUCCCUCCCUCCAGCCACCCCCGGUGCUGCCUGUGUGUCAGUGCUGUCCAGAAGGAGCUCUUUGCCCUGCCUGCAGCCGGCAUGGGGGGUGCAGGCUGUUGUGAGGUGUCCUAGACCCCCGCUGCCUCUUCUGGGUCCCUGCUCUACCCAUCAAAUGUCCAUCUACCAGCGCUUGCCAGGGCUGACAGGCAUGAAGGACAAGGUGGAAACAGCCCGAGCAUAUCCCACCAGGAGAUGUGCAUGAGCCACACACCAGUGCUCUGCAGGAGGUGGCAGCACACUGGGGACACACUGCUUGUGUCAGGUACCGGCUGCCUGCCCUCUGCCAGAUAACGUGGUUGUGCUCCAAGCUGGGUGCAACUGAGGCGCCAAGAAGCUCCUUCAUACGGUGCUGAGCCAGCCAGUACCAGCACCCUGUCCAGCAGCGGUGGCACUGGUGCUCUGCCUACCCCCAGGUCCCAGCGGUGGCUGGAGAGCGCUGUGGAGGUCCCCGCUAGGAAGAGGGAAAUUAGCUCAUGCAGCUCCUUUGGUCUCUGGACCUGAAGGGGUGAGCUGGGCUCUGCAGUACCCACCAGCCCUGCUGUCAACCUCGAUGGCCAUGGGACCUUCCCCAUGGGGUCUGUCCUCAGGACAUGGCCUAGUACUUGGCUGCAGACAGGGGUCACUGGACAUCCCUCACGGCUCCCAUGAUUUCACCCAAACUCAUUGCACCCGCUGCUGCCCCGAGCCUGGAAGUGCCCCCUGGAGUCACCGGGGGGUACGGGGCUCUUCCAGCCUAAACACGAGGGGGAAUAAAGGGCACAAGUGUGCCUUUAAAUAGCGUGGAGAGGACAGGCUCUCCCAGGAGGAAUGCUCAGCUGGCCUGGUGGAACAUGCUCGUGGCUCGGGGCACGGAGGGACAGCCGGGCAGGGACGGCUCUGUGCCAGGAGGUCAGGUCAAGGUUAGGCAUUGCCCUGGCCGGGUGCUGCUGUACCGUGGCUCGGCACUGCAGGAACAGAGCCAUGCAAGAGGGAGGGAAAUGCAUGCCAGGCUGGGGUCUUGCCAUGCCCGGGGCUGAUCUGCAAGGUGGCAGCGGAGCCUGUGUGCAACCUGCCUGCCAACCUGCAAGGGGCUUGGCAUCGACACAGCCUGGCUGCCAGAGCGGCCUGCUGGGCAGCUCGGGUUAUCCAGGAGCGGCUGCUGCACUCCUGUCUGGGCUGAUUCAUAUCCUGGACAUGCAGGCAUUUGGAUAGUGUCCACCUGCGGGAUGUGACAGCACGUGGCCAUGUCCCAGGGGUGCAGGGCGCCAGCCCAGCCACAUGCCGGAGAGCAGGAUGGUGGCAGCUCAGUCUCUGCUCUCCCCUGCUUUGCAAGGUAUGCCAGUCCCUGGGGACACGGCAGUGGCUGCAAGUAGGCUGGGGAGCCACAAAGCACAUCUCCAGAUGGAGACACCUGGGUCACAGGGAGGAUGGCUGCAUGCCCACGUGUCGAUGUGCCCAAUGGCUCUGCUGGGGCACUCAGGUGGCAGGGAGGCGCAAGGAGAAAGCAGCUGCCAGGGAAGCCCCAAGCCCGGACCUGUCCCCUCACUGCGGGGUGCCAGAAGGGGAGUAGGGGUGCAGCAGGGCUGCAGUGAGCAGGGCAGGAGGGGAGCGGGAGGAACCAGCAGGAGCAGGGUGACUGCCCUGGGCUGAAGGGCACAGCCAGCCCGAGCAGAGCUGUGCUUGCAGGCACGGCGCUCGAGUUCACCACCGCUGCCAGGCUGAGCUGGCUCCGAGCAGAGCCAGCCUGUGGCUGCACUGUUCCCAGGUGCCCGCCUGUGUGUGGGAGCAGGGUCGCCCAUGAGAAGCAGCCCGCAGCCCUGGCACCCUGGUCCCUGGCAGCCCACGCUGGCCCUGCUCGUCGCACUGCCAGCUGUGAUCAGCACAGUGCUGCGUGGCUUGAAGGAGGGCUGAGCCCCACGGAGAGUGGCCCUGGGGCUGCAAGACAGGAGGGGAGGUGUGAGCAGCGGUACUCGCUCCAGGCUUGCACAGCCGGCACCUGA